AAAACAGAGAGAGAAAGAAAGAUAGAAGGAGAGGGAGAGAGUGAGAGAGCUCUCUGGCUGAUUUUUAUUUUUUUCCCGAUCAGAUCGAAGAAGUUUCCAUAUCGGAACUUAAACCUUCUUUCGUUUCUCUGACUAAGAGAUCCAAAGCUUCCCUCGUAGUUUCGUCAUCCGAAAGUAAAUCUCGUUGAGCUGGAGAGUUAUCUGAAUUUUCAAGCUCAAUUUCUCUUCCACGAGCAUCGGAGAAGAGCAGACUACACUAAAAGUCGCAGAUCUGAAUUGGUAGCUACAUAAUUCCGUAGAAUUUCAGAGAAUUCACGUCAAUUUUUGCAAGGAAUAAUUCCCCGCGCAUAGAGUGAUUUUGAAAAAAAAAACACUAAGAACGGUUGAAACUGUUAUUGUUGUUGUUCAUGGAGCUUCCUCAGCCUCGUCCCUUCAAAGCCCAAGGGAGAAAACCAACACAUGAUUUUUUAUCGCUCUGCAGUAGUCAUUCAACUCUCCACCCAGAUCCAAAGCCUACACCUUCUUCUCAAGGUAGCCACUUGAAAACUCACGAUUUUCUACAACCGUUAGAAUGUGUUGGUGCUAAAGAAGAGACAAGUAGGAUUGACACAACCAGGGUAGCUUCUGAGAAGCCACCUCCUCCUGCACCGCCUCCACCGCUGCAACACGUUCUACCCGGUGGGAUUGGAACGUACACGAUAAGUCCUAUUCCUUAUUUCCAUAAUCAGCAGAGGAUUCCUAAGCCGGAGCUGUCACCACCCAUGAUGUUCACUGCUGCUACUGCUGCACAAGCCGGUGGUGGUAAUGAGAGAAACGUUGUGGACGAGAAUUUGAACUCUGCUGUAGCAAGCGGGUUCACUCUGUGGGAUGAAUCUGGUUCUGUGAAAAAGGGACAGACAAGGAAGGAGAAUAAUGCUGCUGGGGAUAGAGCUAGCAUCAGAGCUGAUGUUGCAGCAACUAUGGGACAGUGGCCAGUGGUGGAACGAAGGUCACAGUCUUUGACAAAUAAUCCGUUGAGCGGUUUCAGUUCUCGCUCUUCCUCUCAAGGGUCUGGUAUUAAGACCCCUAGCUUCAUGGACAUGUUAAGAUCAGCGAAAGGAACUUCACAGGAUGAUGAUUUGGACGAUGAAGAGGAUUUCGUCAUGAAGAAAGAAAGUUCCUCCACUAGCCAGAUCCAUAGAGUAGAUUUAAGAGGAAAAGCAGACGCCAGAGGAGGUGGUAACGAUCAAAAGCUGAACACGCCUAGGUCUAAACAUUCUGCUACAGAACAACGGAGGAGGAGCAAGAUCAAUGAUAGAUUUCAAAUGCUGAGACAACUAAUACCUAACAGCGAUCAAAAGCGGGACAAGGCUUCCUUCUUGCUAGAGGUUAUCGAGUAUAUUCAAUUCUUACAGGAGAAAACAAGCAAGUACGAAACUCCUUACCAAGGAUGGAGUCAGGAACCUGCUAAGCUAAUGAAUUGGCAGAGAAAUAACCAACAGCUAGUACCUGAAGGAAACGUUGCUUUUGCUCCAAAACUGGAAGAAGAGAAGAAUAACAUUCCGGUCCUUGCAACAGCACAAGGCGUUGUUAUCGAUCAUCAAGAAACACUGAACAGAACAACGCCAACGACUGGGACAUUUCCUUUGUCAGCUCAAACCAACAGUUUCUUCUCUCCUGUUACUGAUGGUAAUCCUGUAACUCAGUUACACACAAGAUUCCCAGCAUCAGAGACUGUAGAGCCAAGCGCGAGUUCUCGAAGUCAUACUCAGCCAUUGAAAGAAGAAGAAGAAGGUGAUGCUGAGGAAGUUCAUGAGGGUAACAUCAGUAUAUCAACUAUUUACUCACAAGGAUUAGUGAAAACGCUUAGAGAAGCAUUGGAGAAUUCAGGAGUGGACUUAACAAAAGCAAGCAUCUCCGUGGACAUCGAGCUUGCUAAACAAUCCUCUUCCUUCAAGAAUCAUGAACUCCGUGGACCGGUUUCUCGAACCGGAAACGAUGACAAGCAAAGUCGGAAACCAAAACGGCUCAAGACGAACAAUACAAGUUAAAAUGAAAACAAAAAGAAGCUGCUUGCACACAUUCGGGUAUAAGUAUAACCAACCACCAAAGUCGAAUCCUCUGUUUUCUUUACUUCUUUAUCUCUCAAACAGGGCUUUUCUUUUUUCAAAAUUUUAUAGAUAUAUUCAAUCUUAAUUUUUUUUUCUUUUGUACAUUCGAAACUAUAUUCUUAUAAUGUUUUUAUCUCGUGGGUCCAUAAUCUUUUUGAGGCCUAAGACUAUUGAGACCCGGUUAUGCUAACCGCAUUUUGGACUGUAAUCUCAAUUCUUCAAUGGAUUAAUAUCUUCACUAAGAGGAAGGCUUUCAGUGUUUUACUAUUACCGUAAGCUUCCUGUGAUAAUACAUUUUAUUUGUUAUUGGUUUAUUAAAACUCAAAAGGCGAAUAUUUAUAUGAGUGUCAUCUUUUGUA